GGUUGCAGGAUGCCGAUGGCACUCAAUUUAUUGAACACGAAAUACAAUACUCGUUUUCAUGGCCUUCUUUGGGUGCAAAAAAACUUCUAGGCUUGCCCAAUGACGCAAUGAAAACAUGAGCACAAGGAGAAGUUGGUCGGAUCUCAGUUGAAGGUAUGUGAUUAUUCGAAGCGGCCUCUAUAAAAUACAAAAUCUCUGAUAUUUCAACGGCCCGACAUAAUCCUGAUCGAUGGAGGACGACCUUAGUUGAAAGAUAUCGGGCCUUUUGAAAAGCUCGUAUAAAAGAGAGAAUGCUGGAGAAUAACUGCAAUUUCGCACUUCAAUCUCGAAUUCUCUGGGCACUCAAUCUACAGCAAUGUGUCGAUACAGACAGUACGACUUAUAGUCGAUGCGGGCACGUCAUUAGAGAGGUCCAUACCAUCUCAUUGGUAUUCGAAGCUUCCAUCACCCUCCAGACUGUGGUCCCAACUGUUCCAAAACAUUACGCUCCCAUGUUCCUCAGUCGUCAAUUUCCCGAACAAUAUAGUGAGUUCUUUGCGCCCGGUACUCCAGAAGUGACACAUUUUGUUUUCUCAGAUCCUUUGGUCAACAACGUAUGCCCAAGUUGUUACAGCGCUGGCAUGCGAUGACGAGGUCAGCAUACAUACAUAGAUGAGCACAGUCGAAGCGAGCUACUUAUGUACCUUGUACUUAUAUUUUUGGAACA